GGAGUAAACAAGAGGGCGCAUGGGUGCUCUCGGACGAUGUAGUUACUUUGUAUAUAUGUAUUAAACAAAGUGCGUCGCGAGAGACCCUCCUGUCUCGUGAUAUUCUUGCCGGGAGUCGGCCUGCUGUUCCUGUUUUGGCCUGGCCCUGAUGGAGGCUGCCUGGAGGACCCCCUCGGACCCAACAACCACCACUGGGUCUGGUGGUAUCACCUGGCCCUUCUACUGGAAAAUACAUCGGAUCCUGGGGUCGCUGCCUGUAAAUGACAGCAGCCUGGUGGAGGAGAGAGACUGCUUGGAGAGAUCCACACCUGCAGUUUCGAAGCUCCUUUCAGAGACACAAGGCAACCUCCCCGAGGAAGACGUCCACUGGGAGUGUGCUGCAGAUGUCGAGGAUGAAAGCACAGAUGCCAGCGCCAGUGCUGGCUUCGACUCUACCAUGGCUUUAAGAAGAAGUAGUGGGAGCAGCAGUGAGGCGACGGACGAGACCCAGCCGAGAGGGCCAAAGAGGAAGAGGCAGAGCCCCAGCACUGUUGCGUUCCAAGUUAUAAAAGACCGCCAAGCACAACUGCUGGCAAGCUAUGAAGCGGCACGCAACAGAGAGUUCGAGCUCAGGGAGCAGGAGCUGGCUGUCCAGCGAGAGGCACUAAAGAUCCAGCAGGAUGCUGUGAAGGCACAAAGAGAAAUGGCAAAGUCGCAACAAGACUUUGCAGGUGCCAUGAUGGCGUUUCUUAAUAAAGCCUCCAAGUAAACGGUCAUUUAAUAAAGCCUCCAAGUAAACGGUCAUUCUGUGCAGGCUCAUUAUAGUCAUCUCAAGUGAAGGAAAUACUAGCUAGGUGGUCCAAGCAAUUUUCUUCUGUUUGAAUGAAACCCACCACC